UUCACAGUGUUUUUAGUAGAUCGAGAAUCGAGAUAAACACUUUUUACCCAGGACUAUAGAUCCAUCAGAAUGGUUUUAAAGAUACACGCAUUUACAAUCAUCAAUAACUAAUAAUGUUCAUCGUUUGUGAAUUGUGGACUUUGUGGUUUUAAAACAGUUGACGUUUCAUGGUUUUGUUCAACAUUUAACAUGAUUUUCAAAAAGAUUGUUUACGUUUUCACGUAUAUUCAUACAGGCAGAGUAUAAUUUGUUCACUCUUGACACAACAUUUCCUAAUUUCGUUUGUCUUUUUUUCAGCAUUAUUUUGAGUAAGUGCCAUUUGCUCUAUGGAAGACAAGAAGGAUUGCCCAAACAAGAGGUCCAGCAUGGUGUGGUCAAAAGACAAAGACCUAAUACUUUUGAAGGAAGUGGCAGCUCUAGGUGUUCUGACACAUAAGCAAAGGUCAAGAGAACGUGGUCUGGGGUGGCAAAGUGUAGCUGAUAAUGUCAGUACUUUGGGUCAGGCAGUCACUUUGAGGGGGGUCAGAGAGCGCUACAGUUUGGCGGCAAAGAAAUAUUGCGCCCAAAUGGCUAAAGAAGAGCGAGCUACAGGGGAAGGUGGUGAAGAAAUGACGGAGUAUGAAAAACUGAUGGAAGAACUAAUCAAUAUUGAGGACGAGACCGAUCGGCAGAUGGAAACAGAGUGUGCAGCAAGAAGUCAGAGGAUCGAGAAUGAACGAGAGCAGGCAUUGGAGAUGAGGGAACGAGCAAUGGAGAGGUUGGGGGAAACAAAGAAAAGGGUUGGAAUGACAAGUGAGAGUGGUCCACCUCAGAGGAGAAGAAGAUCUGGAGACAUGAUGGAGUGGUUGCAGCAGAGGGUGGAAUUGGAAAAAGAAGAGAGAGAGUUAAAGCAGGCAGAAAAACGGGAGCAUGUGGAGAUGCAAAUGAACCAACAUUUGGAACUUUUGCAG